AUGUUUGUUGGAGUAAGUCGAGGACGUGAGAUUCAUCAUCAUCCCAGACACAGAACUCAAAGGAGGAGGAGGAGGAGACGAGCACAUGGACUGAGCUGUGAUGGAGCUGGAGUUUGUGUUCUGGAGCUGCUGGGUGUUUUCUUCUCGCUGAGCGCCUGCUUCUGUUCACUGCUCACCACCAUCACGUCUCAGUGGCUGACGCUCUCCACCGACCUGCUGCCCACAGAAAGCUUCGAGCUGGGACUGUGGGAUACGUGUGUGGUUCAGGACGUGGGAGUGACGCAAUGCAGGCCGUACGACAGCCUGUUGGGUCUCCCGCCCGACAUCCGGCUGGCCAGGGUUCUCAUGUGCACGGCGGUGGCGGUUGGUGUCGCGGGCCUGACGUUUGCCAUUCCGGGCAUCUAUCUGGUGAACAGCUGCAAGCGCACGGAGACCCUGGAAGGCAAACGGACCCUGAAAAUGCUGGGUGGAAUCUUAUGCUUCGUCGCAGGCGUUCUGGGACUCGUGCCCGUGUCGUAUGUGGCUCACCUGACCGUUCUGAGGUUCUUCGAUGAAAGCGUUUCCAGCGUGGUUCCGCGCUGGGAGUUUGGGAACGCGCUGUUCCUCGGCUGGACGGCGGGCUGUUUGCAUUUAUUCGCUGGCUUCCUGCUCAUCACCUCAUGCAUAUACUUACAAGACGAUCAGUGGCCGCUUUUACAAUCUCUAGCUCUUUACAGAGCACACCUGGUGCGUUCAGAACGCUCUUCACACAGGAGGACAGAGUAUGUGUGACACAUCUGAGCGACGUCCGGCUUCCACUAAUGUCAUUUUGCAUCAAUAAUCAACAUCUCCAUGGAUCUGAUAUAGUGAAUGUGAUGCUGCUAAUGUUGAUUACAAAUCAUUUGUAUAUGAUGGCUACAGAUUUGUGAAUCAUUUGAUAAGAGUUUUCAUUUGUUUUUGUUCGUGAUGCUGAAUGUUUCUGUUCUGUUCUGGCGAUUUUAACCACAUUUUUUAAAGUUUACUAAUCAUGAAGGAGAAAAACUUUCCAAGAAACCGCGACUUUUAUAGU